GAGCCGGAAAGCAAAGAAGCCCUAACAUGCUGUAUACCAUUCGAAAGCUGAGAUCAUGGAGAAUCGAGUAGAACGUCGACUUUCUUCUAGGUCUUCUGUGCCGCGAGGUCUUCGGAAACCGGAACUCCCGAAGUUCUGAUCAAUGUGUGCAAGACGUACAUCCGGCUUAUUGUUGAAACUGGUACGACAUUACUUUACUUCUCCAUACAAGGCAGGCAUUGCUGCUACUGAAGUAUUCAAACAGGCUUACAUGCUGCAAGUACAAUGUUCUGCUUUGCUGCCUAUCAACAGCUGGAAUCUUUGCCAUCUUGCUUGAUCAUCCCGCAUUAGAAUAGUGUUCCUAAAUUCUCGAAAUUUUUUAGCUUUGGUUCGAAUUUCUUUUGUGCCGUAGGGGUUCGCAAGUGGUUUUUACGUUCGACGCUUUCGCUUCCUCAGAGGCCUGCAUGGUUCUAAUUGCCAUCCAUAAUUUCAGACUACUAGGCCUUUCCUCCAACUUUGCUAGAUUUCGACCUUUUCGCUCUCGCUACUAAAUAAAAGGAAUAAAAUGUCACUUUAAAAGACAUGGGUAGCGAGAUUGUGAGAAGGUCGAAAACAGCAGAGCUGGAGGAGACGCUCGGUGGUCUGGAUUUGCGGAUGACACUUAAACCUCAAGCUGAGGAAGAAAAAGGCGUUGAAACUUAAGGCCGUGAAUGCAAGAAAUAGAAACCACUUCUCAAAUCCGUACGGCACGAAAGAAAUUUGAACAUACGACAUGUGCCAAGGAUUCAUGAAAACGGGACUUGAAAAUUAAUUUUAGUUUUUUUUCUCUUGAGAAUUAGCCGAG